CUUUCCUUUUACGCAAGGGUUCUGUUCGUUCCUCGACGCUAACUUCCCUCUCCCGAGUCCACACACUUCACACACAGACCUAAAACCUCUCUUCCUCCCGUUCUCUAGCGGUUUCCCACUCUUGGAGUCUACCUUUUCUUCUCAGUGUAUCUUGAAGAUUAGUAAUGGACACUGAAAGGAACGCUAUGGACUCCAAACCGCAAAGUGUAACAGAUGCAGAUUCCACACCAAAGAAACAUGAUGAGAUAUUUAAAAUCUUAUUAGGCGAGCUACAAACUGUAACAGAUGCAUAUUCUACUACACCAAAGAAACAUGACGAGUCUCUUCCAACAGAUGACACAAGUCGUAUGGUCACAGGGUCAACUACCUCAUCUGUGACCGUUAGCGCAUGUGAUAAUAAUGGAACUGAUGUAGUUCCUUCUCGGCCAAAUGGAAAUGGUCAAGCAUAUAACAACUAUCAUGGUUCGAAUCUUCACGGUGAGCGAGCAGUAAGAAGCAAUUGUUGGUCUCAUACUUCGGUGUCGUCAUCUACUAAGCCUCCAGGAGAUCUCAAUGUUUACGGUAGACUUCCUUCCUUUACACCAUCACAUUCGCUCAGCAGACCAACAUUCAAGGGAAAGCAAGCGGCAGGACAGUUUACAAAACAUCCCAAUCAAAAGACAAGCUCCGUCCCAUAUAGUGGUGGUUACUACGGUAAUGGAAAUGCAAAUAGUGGUUUCUUGAAUCACAGAGAUGAACAACAACAACACAGGAAGCCUGAGAGAAACGGAGUCGAAUCUGAUUUUUCAUUGGUUGAAAUGAAAUGCGGUCCGAGAACUCAUGCAAAGACUCACCCUCCUUCUUCUGACUCGUCAUCGUCACUCAAGCAAAACAGUUCUUUUGUCUUGGAUCUUCGUAGGGAGAUGUUUAACCUCCCGGAUUUUCAGACAGACUACGAGGAUGCCAGGUUUUUUGUGAUCAAGUCCUACAGCGAAGAUGAUGUUCACAAGAGCAUCAAAUACUCUGUGUGGUCGAGCACUGUCAAUGGAAACAAGAAGCUCGAUGCGGCUUUCCGUGAUGCAGAAGCAAAAACACUCGUUGAUGGCAAGAAACGUCCCAUUUUCCUCUUCUUCUCGGUGAAUGCGAGUAGACAGUUUGUGGGACUAGCAGAGAUGGUCGGAUACGUGGACAUGAACAAGGAUCUAGAUUUCUGGCAAGUUGACAAGUGGUGCGGCUUCUUCCCUGUCGAAUGGCACGUGGUGAAAGACGUCCCUAACUGGGAGCUAUACCAUAUCAUCCUGGACAACAAUGAGGGCAAGGCGGUUACUCAUACGAGGGAUACUCACGAGAUCAAACUCAAAGAAGGUCUCCAAAUGCUUUCGAUAUUCAAGAAGUUUUCUGCUGUGACGUCUCUGUUAGAUGACAUGGACUUCUACGAAGAACGAGAGAAGUCUCUUCGGUUGACCAAGGAGCAUAAGCCAGCCACUCUUCGCAUGGAUGUCUUCAAAGAGAAAGACUAUGAUUAUGGGAAUAGAGGCGACAGGAGAAUGAAUCAAGAGAGAGGAUAUAACUGGAGCAGAAGUAGCAGUAGCAGAACACAACAGUCUCUUGUCAAUCUAACCAAGAAUCUCUCCAUAAGAGGAGGCUACCACUCUGUGUCCAAGAAUAACACUCGCAAUCCGAGAUGAGACACAUUCUUUAGUUCAUCUUCUAUUUAUUUAGUGAAAUUGGUUCACUUAGUUCAGGUCUUUUUUGUUCUGCAUUCUUGUUAUGUUUCUCUUUGUUAGGGCGUGUUCGGUUUUUACUUCUUCUUUAGAUGUCUUUUGAGAGCUUGCAGAUUUAAUUUUCACAAUCUAAUAAACAAAUCAACCAUUCAUGA